AUGGCGGGCCAUGAGCAGCCGCUGCAGUACCCUUAUCCCUUUACUCAUCCCCCGCGUUCUCUCCCGGGGCCCCCCCCAGGCAGACCCAGAGAUGUAGAUGAGAGAGAAAAACACAAAGAGGGGCCCCACCUGCUGGAGUGGCUGCUACGCGCAAAGGCAGAGCUGCGGGCCCUCCCCCCUGACUCAGCUGCAGGUGAGCGGGGGCCCCCCCCCCCAUAUGAAGAGGGGGCCCCCAGGAGGGGGGCCCCCACCCAGGGUGGUGGUACCUCUAGGGGGGCCCCCGAGGGGGGGACUUCAUCCCCUAGGGGGGCCCCCAGGGGGGCCCCCAAGGGGGCCCCCAUAGAACUCGCAGAGAACCCUACACGCAAACAAACCCUCAGGGGCCCCUUGUCUGCUCAGACAGCAGCAAGAGAAGAAAACCCUAAUGUCUCUAUAGGAGGAGACAGAGAGAUGCCAGCCCCAAACUCUAUGCAUGCAGAGAGGAGACAGGGGCCCCCGGGGGCCCCUGGUGCUGGGGAGGGUUUGUUGUCUGCUUCAGAUUACUAUAUGCUGCAGCAGCAGCAGCAGCAGCAGCAGGAAACAGAAAAUGAAAAAGAGACAGAGGAGGAGGAGCAGCAGCAGCAGCAGCAGCAGGGGCUGCUGCUGCAGUGGGGAGACAAAACACACAGCUGCAGCAGCCUCAGCUGGUCAGAUAGCGAGGAGGAGGGGGCCCCCGUGCUGCUGUCAGCAGAAAGCAGCGGUUUGCUGCUGGCGGGGGGCCCCCUAGCCCCAGACGGAGACGCUUCAUACAAACAUGGGUACCUCUUGGGGGGCCCCCCCCAACCCCCCGAGGGGCCCCACACCCACAGAGAGGAGGGUCUACCUGCGUCAGAUAGAGACACAGCAACCCCUGCUGCUGCUGCUGCUGCUGCUGCUGCUGCUGCUGGUGUUGCUGCUGCGCUUCGUGGGGCUGAGGAGGAGACAGGGGUUACUGGGGGGGGGCCCCCAGAGCCAGCAGCAGAGACCCUAUUGUCUCCUCGUUCUCCUUGUGCUGUUGAGGGGCCCCCCGAAGCAAAGGAGAAAGAGGGGGGGUGGGGUUGUUGUUAUGAGGCCGGCGAGGGCCUCCCCGGUGCCGGGGAUCGAUCGAUCCCAGCCUCACCCCACACCGGGGGGGCCCUCGCCCCACACUUCUCCCCCGUUGCAUACCAAGUGUCUCCGCGGGGCCACCAGGGGGCCCCCAAGGGGCCCCCCCUCAAGGCUGCUGACCUCCCCCUCUCCCCGGGGCCCCAGGGCAGACCCUAUAGACCAGCUAGCAGCAAGCUGCGGGGGCAGCGAGGCCCUGUGAGUGAGCAGCUGAAGCAGCAGCAGCAGCAGCAGCAGCAGCAGCAGCAACAGCAACAGCAGCAGCAGCAGCAACAGCUGCUGCAGCGACAGAAGCAAGAACAAAUGCAUGAACUGCAGCAAGAACAACAGCAACAAGAACAGCUUCAGCAAGAACAGCUGCAGCAGCAGCAGCAGCAGCAAAGACACAGCUGGAGCAGCACAGCCGCGGAAGCAGCAGAAGGGGCAGCAACCCUGUGGGGGGCCCUCGCUACUGACAGCAGCACCUCAGCAGCAGCAGCAGCAGCAGCAGCAGCAGCAGCAGCAACUGCAGCACCGUCUUCUCUAUCACAGGCAGAGUCGUUCGCUACAAGGGUCAGACGGGCUGCGCUUGAGCAGCAGCAGCAGCAGCAGCAGCAGCAGCACAAGCAGCAGCAGCAGCAGCAGGAGCUGGAACAACAACGACUGCUUCACAGGCAUCAGCAUGGAUUGCAGCAAGAACUACACAUACAGCUGAGACACCAGCAGCAGCAGCAGCAGCAGCAGCAACAGCAGCAACAGCAGCAGCAACUGCAGCACCAUCUAGCACUGCAGCAACAGCAGCACCAAGAGGGGCAGCUAUAUCUGGCGCCUCCAUCUGCCGUGUACGUACCGAGUUCACCAGACCUGCAGCAGCAGCAGCAGCAGCAGCAGCAGCAACAGCAGCAGCAGCAGCAGCAGCAGCAGCAGUUUGCUUUUUUACAGAAGCAACGCAUGCAGCAGCAACUGCAACCCUUUGUUCCUCCCCACCCUGAAAUCGCAUCCCCCUUAUCGCAGCAGCUGUCUCCUCAGCAGCAGCAGCAGCAGCAGCAGCAGCAGCAGCAGCUUGCGCUGCAGCAGCAGCAGCAGCAGCAACAGCAGCAGCAAGACUGGUCUGUGUGGGUGCAGACCUCUACCUGUGUGCAGCAGCACGUGCUGCUGCGGAGGCCCCCAACUGCAGCAGCAGCAGCAGCAGCAGCAGCAGCACAGGAGAGACAAGAAGAAGUUUUGUAUUACCCCCCGCUGCCGCCGGCGAGGCCCCGCUUGAAGCAGCGUCCGUGUUCUUUAGGCAACUGGCUAGGCCCUGGUUGUUGA